AUGGCCAUUUUGGAUAAGCUGGAAAAGUUCACUUCCCGCGACCGUGCGGCCGAGUCGAACCCCACUGAGCCCAAGGGACCCCAGAACCCUGAGGAGCGUAUCGUACAGGACGGCGAAUCGACCGAUUCCAGUCUGUUUGCUCGUAACGAGAAGGAAGUCGAGCAGAACCCGGACCAGAUCACUCAAAAUGCUCACUUGGGUGUGCAAAAGGCCGAGGCUACGACCUUGGUCUGGCCCAAGAAGGCUGUCUACGCUAGCUACGCUUGGAUCUGGGUGUGCUUCUUCUUGCUGGCUCUUACGUCGUCUGUCUCCGGCUCUGUACAACCCAACGCGUUCUCCAACUUCCAGCAAGCCCCGCAGGUGUCGACAGCGAACAUCCUGGCAAGUAUCAUUGGAGGUGUGCUCAAGUUACCGAUUGCGAAGAUUCUUAAUCUCUGGGGUCGUGCGGAAGGCUUCCUGGUUUUCCUUGGCGUUCACAUUGUCGGUUUGAUUAUCCUCGCGGCUUGCAACAACCCCGAUUCAUAUGCGGCUGGAUACGUCCUUUUCCAAGUUGGUUACAGUGCGCUGUUCCUCAUCAUGGACGUCUUUAUCGCUGAUACCUCCGGUCUGCGCAACCGUGCCUUCACUUUCGCCUUCUCCCAAACCCCUUUUAUUUGCACUGCCUUCGCCGGUCCUCUUGCUGGUCAAUCUUUCAUUGAUAAUGCUUCCUGGCGUUGGGGUUACGGCACUUUUGCUAUCGUUAACACUGUCGUCUUUGCCCCUCUUGCUAUCGUGUUCAAGUUCUACCAGAGAAAGGCUGAAAAGAUGGGCUUAUACAAGAGGGAGCCGAGCGGUCGCACCGUUAUUCAGUCCAUUAUUCAUUACAUUCAUGAGUUUGACUUGGUGGGCGCUUUGCUGCUGAUAGCUGCUUUUGUUCUCUUUCUUCUUCCCUUCAGCUUGACAUCGGGUGGAUCAGCGGGGUACAACAGCGCUACCUUCAUCGCCAUGCUGGUGAUCGGAUUCUGCCUCUUCUUCGUCUUUGCCGCAUGGGAGAAGUGGGGUGCCCGUGCCCAGUUCAUUAGAUACGAGCUCUUGAAGCAGCGCAGCGUGUUGGGGGCCUGCUUCAUGGCCGCCUUGGCAUUCUUCUCCUUCUACUGCUGGGACCUGUUCUUCACCAAUUUUUUGAUGGUCGUCUACAACCUUAGUGUCACGAUGGCCGGGUACGUGUUCAACAUCUACAACGUCGGAUCCUGCUUCUGGGGUGUGCUUUUCGGAAUCUACAUCCGCUACACCAAGCACUUCAAGUACGCCUGUCUCCUUUUCGGCCUGCCCCUCCUCUUCCUGGGCUCCGGCCUGAUGAUCCACUUCCGUGGCGAAAAUGAAGGCAUCGGCUACAUUAUCAUGUGUCAGAUCUUCAUCGCCUUCGGAGGCGGCACUCUCGUCAUCGGCGAGGACAUGGCUGUCAUGGCUUCCGCCGACAGAGAAGGCGUUCCCAUGAUGCUUUCCUUCCUCGGUCUCUUCUCCAGUCUAGGUGGUGCCAUCGGCCAAGCCGUCGGUGUUGCCAUCUACAACAACACCUUCACCAAGGCCCUCGAAUCCCGCCUGCCCGACAACCUCAAGGACCAAGCCAUGAGUAUCAACCUGGACGGCUACCUCGUACAGGUCACGUACCCACUUGGCUCGGAUCGUCGCAACGCCGUCAACUACGCCUGGGGCCAGAGCCAGAUGUAUGGUGCCAUCGCUUCCACUUGCCUUCUUGUCCUGGGUUUCCCUUGCGUCGCUGUGUGGCGGAACUUCAAUGUCGACAAGAAGCAGAACAAGGGCAACCUUCUCUAG